UUUUAGCUGUUAAUGAAUAACCGAUCUAUAAUACAAAAUAUCUUAAUCGUUUAACAACAAAUUAAAAUACCUAUUAGUGAAUAACAUGUAAUGGAAUCACUAGCUUUCACGAAAUUUACUUUUACAUGUUUAGUAUGAUUUAAAUACAAUUAUUUAAUUAUAUUUUAAAUAUCAUCAACUAUAUUAUGAAAGUAUUAUAUAGUUAAAAUGAAACAAUACUAUUACUGUAACCAGCUAUUAAAGAUAUCUAGAUAUUAAUACUAUAAAGCUACUCUAUACAGUAUACAUAAUUAUAUCAUUAAGUAUAACACCUACUUAUCUUUUACAUAUUUAGUAUAAUACGAAUACAAUUAUUUAUUAAUGUACAAUAUAAUAACCCUUCUCACUUUUUCCAUAAGCAUAUAAGCCACUAAGUGUACCCAAAUCGAAUCAGUCUGUUCCAGAGAGCUAUACUCGUACUUUACCUUAGUUCUUUCAUACAGUCAUUUUUAAUUUACUCAACGUUAUUUAAAAUCAUCAGUGUUUUUAAUUUUUACAAGUGUUUUUAAUUUUUACAAGUGUUUUUAUUUUUCAAUAUGGCCGGUCCAAUUGUUGAUAUCAAAAAGAAGUCGUAUACAUACAUUCCACCGACACCACCUGCAUAUCUUAUGGAAUCUACAUCAUAUACAUUAGACUUUACAGCACGUAAGUUUGUGCAUAUUGGUAUCGAUCCAACUGAUGAAUUUCAAACUGUUAUACAUUUAAUCACUUCAUCGAGACAUAUAAAAUUAACAACAGAUUUCCUAAGACGUAUAUUUGCUCUUAUCGGUAAUAUAUUAUCAUUUAUAUUAGAAACACCACGAACAAAUAAACGAAUAACUUUUCUCGAAACUGAUUUAUUUCUAAUAUCGAGUAUGGUGUACAAGGGUGAAAACAAUCUAGUUGUUGAAUGUAAAAAUAAAAGCGAAUGCAGAGUUUUAUUGAAUCGUGCAGAUUUGAUUGAGCUAAAUAAAUUAGAAUGGUGUAUUUCAAAAACUAUGAUUCAAAAAUCAAUCAUCCAAACCAUUCUUCUUAAUCAAAUCGAUGAGUAUUGCGAUUAUCUAGAAGAAACUAGUUUACAAGAUACCAAACCACCAAAUACUGAACAUGAAAUGGAAGUAUUCAUAAAGUUGGGUACACCUUUAGAAAACACAACUACAUCUCCUAACCUGACCUAUCAAAUCCAGAUGUAUGCACCUAUGCAGUUACUUAGAAUUUGGAUAGAUCGUAGAAGGGCACGAGACACACCUGAGUUAUUUACCGAAUCCGAAAUGAGACUCAUUUCACCUCCGAGAUAUUCGAGCUUGUCUCCAAUGGACCUUUCACAAGCAAGGGUGGUUGACGAGGAAUGCGGUAUCAAUGAAUUUUUAUCG